AUGGCGGCGGCUACACUGGUCGCCCUAGUUGCGUAUCUGUCCCUUUGGCAGCGCGGAAGUGGCAACGUGGUAGUGCACCCGUCGCUCACAGAUUUUUUCGUUGAACACAUCGGGGAUCAUAUCUUCACCUCCUUCGAUAACGUGAUUAGCAAAAGGAUAGCCUCCCCCAGCUGCUCCAGUUCGACGGACACGAUCUGCCACCUUGUUCACGCCGGGGCCAUUGGCUGUCCAGCUGAGCAGACCGGUGAGGAGGGAAAAAGGGACUCCAAAGGGGAGGCAAAAAAGGACUCCAAAGGGGAGGAGAAAAAGGACGCAAAAGAGGAGACAAAAGAAGACGCAAAAGAGGAGUCAACCAAGAAGGGAACCAAAAAAAAAAAGCUACCUAUAACGAACAGGACGACGAAAAAUACACAGGAGAAACAACCAACUGGUGUAGAAUCGCAAAAUGAAGAGAAUGACAGGAGUGGAAAGGAGGCUGUGAAGGACAGAAACGAAAAGAGUGUUUGGAUGAAGGGCUUCCAUUUCUUGGUCGACGUAUUCCACUCCCUCACGAGGAAGAAGCAACAUCAAAUAACCCCCACGAAGAAGCUAUCCCCAUCAUACUUUGUCAAUUAUAGAAGAACAAGCAUACUAGGAGAUGCCUGUGAAUUCAGGGAGAGUCCUACCAAGUACAAUUUUAAAGGCCUGUUCAUAGGGGAGCAUUUAAAUGACGCAAAAAAUUUAGCAUUUUUGUCUCCACUUUCUUUAGCUAUUGACGAAAUCGAUUUCAACAAAAUUUUUUUGGAAGCAUGGGAUGUGGAGUCCUACUCGAGUUACAUUUUUUUGGAUAACUCGGAGUUGUUAGGGGGAGGGAAAAAUAAAAAGAAAGAAGACGUGGGAUCCCCUGGGGGGCAUGUCGUGGUUGGGAAGGAGGAGAAGAACGCCUACCUCUCAGGAGAUGUCUUGGUUGGGAAGGAAAAGAGCUCCCACCUCUCAGGAGCAUCCGCAACUCCUGCUUCGAGCAGAGCAGGCGGCUGGGUGGGCAGCAUCAAGUCGAUCGUGGACCUCUCCAACGGUGCGAAGGAAGACCCUCCAAGUAGGCACCCCAGCAAGGGUGGACACACCGAUCACACUUCCCCGACACAGAUGAACGAAGAACACGGAGAAAAAAAAAACAACCUAGCAGGAAAGAACGUCACACCAAGAACCAUCAGCGAAGUAUUAAACAGGUUAAGAAUCCCAUUCGAAACGAGCAACUAUGAUGGGAUGGUAAAAAUCAACAGGGAGAUGAACGUGGGAAUAUGUACAAGGCAAAGUAGGGGAGGAUCCCUUCUACUCCUAUUUCUACGAAAGAAGAAACUAGUCAGUAGUGAAUUCCCUUUUAGAAAACACUUUAAGACGAAGGAGAAAAAUCACAUGGACCCCCCAUUCACAUGUGCAUUCUUCCGAUCCAUUAGGCAUUCCGAGAUUGUCCUUUUUUUUCAGAAUAUUACAUCUCCAAGUGGGACCAUCGUAGGGGGAGGUCACAACACAAUCUCGAACGAACAAACACGGAAGGGAACCAACUCCAUCAAAGAAGCCUUAAAACUAACAAGCAGUGCAUUAUAUAAAAAGUGGUCGAAAAAAAAUCACAAUAAAGGAUUCACUAACAUGGUUUCUACGAACCCAUUAAAGAAUCUAAGUGUGCAUGCAAAUUAUGAAUACAAAAAGAAUCUCUUCAAAUUGCAUGCAGAUUACGAUGGCAUAAGCAAAAGCGUCAUAGUUGUGCGAAAUUAUCAGAAGAAAGUUCUCCUAAAUUUCAUUUUCCAAGUGGACGUGUGCUACAGUGAGGUCUACGUUGAUAACGACGUUCAGCUGCGCUACGUGAAUUCUGACAUGAGGCCUAAUUUGAUCCUGAGGGGCGCGUGGAGUUCCUGUGCGCUGGGGGGGCCGCUCCAUUUUUACGACAGAUACAGGGUGGGUGGUCAACGGGUGGAAGGAGGCGAAGCAGUAGGUGGCGAAGCAGUAGUGGACGAAGCAGUAGCGGACGAAGCAGUAGUGGACGAAGUAGUAGCGGACGAAGCAGUAGUGGACGAAGUAGUAGCGGACGGAGGUGGCGCAGAUGACGGAGCUGACGGAGCAGGUGCACCUGCGCGCGAACCCCCCCGACCGGGAAGGGACAGAGGAAGAGUCUACUGGCACGAACAAAUUCUCAGCGACAAAGUAGAACCAGCGCAACGGUACAAGAAACUCAAACAUUUGUAUUUAAAAAAUCCCCGAUUAGAGGAAAUGAGAGAGAAGACACAAUGGAUGAACAGGCAUGUGCGCGAGAGUGGGGACGUCCUCUUGCUGUCCAAGAAGGGAUCAGUCGAGUUCAAAACGCCGGUCGUUGUUAGCGACCUCUACGUGCGUCUGCACCCGAACCCGUUGUACAGGUCCGCCUGCGGGGAGGGGGGAAGUUUGCAGGCGACCGCGUUGGAUCAGCGUCCAGCCGGUGGGAGCAGCAGUGGGAGCAGCGGUGGGAGCAGAAACGGGCGAAACGCUGCUCGCAGAAAUGGGCGAAGCGCUGCACGCAGCAGUGGGCGCGGCGCGUCCGGACAGGACCCCCCCUUGGAGACGUGCGCACAGGGGAAGCCAUACAACAUGCACCUCCUUUUUAACUUCUACCUUAACAGAAGCAGGAAGUACUCAGCUGUGUUGGAGAUCUCCGUAGAUCCCCUUCGCCAUGCAAACCAUUACAGCCAUUACAACGUCCUACACUCCCACGGACACACGAACCCACUUAACGUGAUGACUCUGCUUAAAGGAAACAUAAAUCACUACAGAAUUAAUAAAAUAGAAAUCGAGUACUCUCUUAAUCCUCACCCACUUGCACCACGAGACGUAUCCAUUCACCACAGCAGGAUGCCCUUCCUCGUGUCAGUGUGCAAUCUGACAAUGAACCAGAGUCAGAAGGUCUACAAUUACGUGCCUACAUUUUUCCUGUCCAGGGGAGACUUCCUCCACAUGCUCAGUCGAAUCGAGCCCAACGAGGCGGACGCGGAGGAUGAGGCGGACGCGGAGGAUGAGGCGGACGCGGAGAACGGGGUGGACACGGAGGAGAGCAUCACUCAAGUGAGCGAUACCAACCGCCCCAGCACCAACGUGGACAGGACCAACGUGAACAGCACCAACGUGAACAGCACCAACGCGGACAGCACCAACGCGGACAGCACCAACGUGCCCAGCGCGAAGGGAAACCACAAGGGGAAACCCAACAGGUUCGUCAGCAACACCUCCUUUUCCAUAUUCACUUCGCUCAGUGAACCCAUUUUCUGGGAUCACAUAAUGCAGCUUCGAUGCAGCGUUAGCCAAUGCCAAUAUGAUGAAGCCACUGAACGAUUUCUAGUCACCACCUUGGGAGGACGACACGAGGGGACGACCCAAGUCAGUCAAGAGGUAGCCCCCCAGAGGCGGCCCUUCCAACCCAACGCACACAUCACCCCAGCCGCCAACGAAGAGAACACAGAGGAAGGAGAAGACGCUGAGUUGAGCGAAAUUCAGAAGGAGUAUUUAGACUUCCUGGAGAGGGGGCAACCAAAUGGAGGAGCGAGCGAGGCGGAGCAGACGAGCUACAGUAACGAGGCGGAGCAGACGGGCUACAGUAACGAGACGAACCAGGCGACCAUGUCCAACGAACCCAACGCGGCCAAUGAACCCAACGCGGCCAACGAACCCAACGCGGCCAACGAACCCAGUGCCGCCAACGAACCCAGGCCUCCCCAACUUCCCCCACCGCGCAAAAAACAGAUCGUGGCUUACGACAUGACCAGCAUGCUCAACCUCGAGCACACCCAAAAGAGGUACAUCAUCCCCCCGUACCGCAAGGGGAUAUACGUAUGUCUGGAGAGCGAAAGGAACCAAUUAGUGUACGACCCGAACGACCAUGUGUUCUACGUGAAGAGAAGCGAAAAGGGCAAUGUAAGAAACGACACUAGAGAUGCUUUACCAGCCUUGUGGAUCUACUCAGCUCUCCUCCCAACAGAAAGUGACCUUCUGCAGUUCUCCUUCCUCACGAAAAAUAAGCUCACCCUGAAGCGGACCCAAACGAAGGACACCAAAUUUUAUUUCAAAAACGUUAUACCGUUGACUCGGUAUGAAGAUUAUACGAAUACGGAGAGACACUACAGUGAGCAUAUCAUAAAAAUCAGCUUUAUCGAUUUGAAGCAGAGUGGAUUCACGUCUGACCUGUUGGGUCUAACCAUUGACAGCCAACUUUACAAGGCCAAAAUCAUCGAGUUCCUUAAGAGUAAGUUCAGCACAGUUGUGCAGUUCGCUUCGGAGGACAUGGGUAGCUGA